ACAAAGAAAUUAAAUUAAUUUAGGUUAAAGAAAAUCCCCAGAAAAAAAAAAAGAUUCCACAGCUAAAAGAAGUAAUGCAAGAAAAAUAAAAUAAAUUACUUAUAAAAAAAAUUAAAAUAAAAGAAUCAAUUUCUUGAGAUUGACAAGCAGAUCCCACAGAAAUAAAUUAAUAAAUUCUACCACUACACAGCCAUCUUCAUAAAACCCUCGAGAGAAUUCACCUUCUCUUUUGCUUUCCAUGAUGUUUUUUUUUCUGCUCUUUUUUUUUUCUCUCAAUUAAUUUUUUUUAUUUUCAAGAAACUGUAAUUGAGAAAGAGAGAGAGAGAGAGAGAGAGAGAGAGAGAAAGAAAGUAAAGAAAAGAGUCCAAUGCUAGGAGACUCGAGUAGUGUUCUAGCAACCACAACAACAGCCUCUACUGGUGGUGGUGCUGGUGGUGGCAGUGAGGCUGCAGCAGCUCCUCCUCGUCAGUUACCUGCAAGUGGUGGGGAAAGUACUAUAAGUGAAGUUGGUCAUGUGGGGUCUAACAAUAAUUCAGGUGAAGAUGAUAAAAGAGGUAGUGGUGGCGGUGGCGGUGGGGAUGAAGGUGACCGGAGCUUUGGUGGUAACAGGUGGCCGAGACAAGAAACAUUAGCACUCUUGAAAAUAAGGUCCGAUAUGGAUGUGACGUUUCGCGAUGCAAGUGUUAAGGGUCCUUUAUGGGAUGAGGUUUCCAGGAAGCUAGCAGAGCUUGGUUAUAAUCGAAGCGCCAAGAAAUGCAAAGAGAAGUUCGAAAACGUCUUCAAGUACCACAAAAGAACCAAAGAAGGCCGAACUGGUAAACAAGAAGGCAAAACUUAUCGAUUUUUUGAUCAAUUAGAAGCGUUUGAGAGUCAUCAUCCUUCGCCACAACCACAACCGCAGCAGCAGCAGCAGCUGCCGCCACCUCUAAAGCCUCAAGCUCCAGCGGCGACAAUAGCAAUGCCAAUAGUCAGUCCUCUUCCUCUAGCUGCUACUAUCGGUGCAUCUCAUAUUACUACUGUUCCAUCAGCAACAGCAGUAUUAGCUACAAAUAUGUCAUCACAAGGCAUUGUCACAACAGGAAUAAAUCUUGCCAUCCCUUCUUUUCCAUCAUCAACAAACCCUACAAUCUUACCCUUACCACAAGCAACAAACCCUACAAAUUUAAACCAAUCUCAACCCCAUGUUCAAUCUUCAUUCCCUAAUUAUUCCCCAGAUCUCCUGUCCAAUUCUACCUCCUCAUCCACAUCCUCAGACGUGGAAAUUCAAGGGCGGCGAAGAAGGAAAAGAAAAUGGAAGGACUUCUUCGAGAGAUUAAUGAAGGAAGUGAUACAUAAGCAAGAGGAUAUGCAAAGAAAAUUCUUGGAAGCAAUAGAGAAACGAGAACAUGAUAGAAUGGUUAGAGAAGAAUCUUGGAGAAUGCAAGAAAUGGCAAGAAUUAAUAGAGAACGCGAAAUAUUAGCCCAAGAAAGAUCGAUAGCAGCUGCAAAAGAUGCUGCAGUCAUGGCAUUCUUGCAAAAGCUAUCUGAACAACAAAAUCCAGGCCAACAACAAGUACAGAAUAAUCCACCACAGCCACCACCACAACCAGUACAGCCUCCGCAGCCGCCACCAUCAGCAAUACCACAGUCGCAGCCGCAGCCGCAGCCACAGUCGCAGCCGCAGCCGCAGCCACAGUCACAGUCACAGCCACAGCCUCAGCCUCAGCCGGCACCGGUACCACAACCACCCCCUGUGGCGACAGCGGUAGCAGCACCGCAGCAGCCGCAACCUGCUAUAAUAAAUCUGGACAUAAAAUCAGAUAAUGGGGAUCAGAGUUUCAUGCCAGCAAGUUCAUCAAGAUGGCCUAAAGUAGAAGUUCAAGCUUUAAUUGAUCUAAGGACUAAUCUCGAUUCGAAGUACCAAGAAAACGGACCAAAAGGGCCAUUAUGGGAAGAGAUCUCAGCAGGAAUGAGAAAGCUUGGUUACAAUCGCAAUGCAAAAAGAUGUAAAGAGAAAUGGGAGAAUAUCAAUAAGUACUUCAAGAAAGUGAAAGAGAGUAACAAGAGAAGGCCUGAAGAUUCAAAAACAUGUCCAUAUUUUCAACAACUUGAUGCGUUAUAUAAAGAGAAACACAGCAAGAUUGAUGUUGGUAAUAUUUCAUCAUCAUCAAAUAUUCAAAUAAUGAAGCCUGAUCAGAUUAAUUCAGUGCCUUUAAUGGUAAGGCCUGAGCAGCAAUGGCCUCCUCCUUCUCAUCAUCAACAACAAGAACAAGGGCACCAUCACGAUUCAGUGAUGGAAGAUUUGGAAAGUGAAGAUAAUCAGAAUCAUGAUCAAGAUGAAGAUGAUGAUGAUAAAGAUAUGGAUGAUGAUGAGGAAGAUGAAGCCAGUGGCUAUGAAAUUGUAGCUAAUAGCAACAGGCCAACAUCGAUGAGCUCAGCUGGGUAAGAGUUUUUAAGGCCAAAAGAAAAAAGAAAAAGAAAAAGAAAAAAAAAAAACACAUUUUAUGAAAGUUCAUAAUGGAAUAGCUAGUGGGUCAGACUCAGAUUCCGGCAGCCGUGAAUUGGGGCGGAGGAAUCUCAAAUUGUAAUCAAGAACACACACACACACACACUCUGGUGAGUGAACCGGGGGGGGGGGGGGGGGGGGGGGGGGCGAUGUAGCAUAUAGUCAGUGGAUUAUAUGUUAAUUAUUUUGAUAAUUUAUUUAUUUUUUGCUAAAUAAAUAAUGCGAGGAAAGGAGAGAGAGAAACAGAAGUGCAGGUCCAAAGAAGAAAUAAAAAUGAGACUAGUCUUGUAAUUUUUGUUUAUUUUUCAUGGUUGUGAAAAUUCUAGAAAUGGUUAAUCUAGUGGGUUAUUUUUUUGGUCUUC